CAUGCAAAUGGUGCAGAAAUAUGGUGUAGAUUGAUCAAUAUUCUUAGUCCAUUGGGAAGAUGAUGCGUGUUCUUCUUAAUUAUCAGCAUAGUGAUUCCCUGGAUACGUAUCUGUUGGUCUCUAGCUGCUUGAUACGUAUCAGCAUGUGUUAUUUCUUUAAUAUCGUACGUCAUAUUAGAAGUUUUAGAACAUUGUUGGCUACAAAGUAACAUUACAAACAUAUGUCCAUCAUCAAUAGAACAGGGCAAUGCGCAAGCUUAAAUAGUUAGAUAGCUCUACAUAUUAGAGUUGAAUACAAAGUAACAUAAGUUCAUCAAGUAAACAUCAUAAUGUUAAACUAGUCUUUGGUACUAAUUCAGUAAUUGUUAUUUUCUCGUUGCUUUCCUCUCAUUUUCAAAUAAUUGGGCUGGUAAAGAAUUGGGUGGUGGGAUUUUCAGCCCACCAUCAAGCCCAGCUUAAAACAACCACCAUAGGGUUUGAGGGUUUAUGCAUCUCCAGAGCUCCCAGUUCUCACUUCCCAGCACACUAGUCACUCUCUUGAACACACCAACCUUAUGAUCCUCCCACCACCACAAUGCCCAGAUAACCCUCUUUCUUAAUCCCAAUCUUAACCCCAACAAAAUGAGAUAUUUACGAUUCAUAUCCCCACUUCUUUCUCGAAUUCACAGAAAUCCUAAUCGACUUGCCGCUUACACCACCGCCGCGCCGGAGAAUGUAUCGGCGAUCGCGGACGAGAUCUCGGGGCUGACGCUGCUCGAGGUGGCGGACCUGACGGAGGUGCUGAGGGAGAAGCUCGGGGUGAAGGAGAUGCCGGCGAUGAUGAUGAUGAUGCCGGGGAUGGGAAUCGGCGGGAUGAGGGGCGCCGGGAAGGGCGGCGCGGCGGCGGGGAAGGUGGAGGAGAAGAAGGAGAAGACGGCGUUUGAUUUGAAGCUUGAUUCUUUUGACGCGGCGGCGAAGAUUAAGGUGAUUAAGGAGGUGAGGACGUUUACGGCGUUGGGGUUGAAGGAGGCUAAGGACUUGGUGGAGAAGGCGCCGACGCUGUUGAAGAAGGGGGUUACGAAGGAGGAGGCCGAGUCGAUUAUGGCCAAGAUGAAGGAAAUUGGGGCUGUGGUUUCAAUGGAGUGAGAGUCGCGAGGCGGAGAGACAGAUAAAGAAAGAAGCACAGCACACUAGUCGCAAGGAUUGUUAAAACGUAGAGUAGCAAGUGGUGGUUCAUCACACUGUUGUCAUAGUCUACUAGAUGUUUCUGGAGAUCAAAUUUUGUUUCUUCAUGUUGCAAAGCAUUCAUUGAACCGUUCUGCUUAUCUUUCAUUGUACCAGAAUAACACAGUGAGCAAAGUUUCGGCGCCUGUUUCAUACAUUUGAGUAUUUCCUUCUCACUCCAUGACCAUCAGCAACUGUUUUUUUGUAGAGACCUAUAAUUUUGUUAAAACCAUGUGAUAUGUACUCAUGCUUGUGAUCAGUAGCAUGCAUAAACUUGAAAUGAAGUUUUUAUAACU